AUGCAGCUGCAAGUGCAAUUGGCCAACUUUCUAAUGGACAAUCUGGUCCAGUCGCGCAUCGGUUUUAUUCUAUUUUUUCACUGCUGGCAGCCAGAUGAAAUUCGUGACUUUGCCCAGCAGUUCAUGAAGCCCCUCCAUCCGCACCUCAUCUACCAUCAGUUUCAGCAAAUGCACGAAGUUCGGGACUGGCAGGAUCUGGAGUUGCGUUUCCUGGACCAUUUGCAGCCCACACUGGCCAUAUAUGUGGACAUGAAGUGUCACAAGGCAGCAGCAUUGCUAGAGGAGGCCAGUCGGGAGCAGCUUUACAAUCAGCAUUACCAUUGGCUGCUGCAUGGGAACGUUUCGGAGAUGGAUUUCUAUAAUUUCUUUGCUCCCUUCAACAUUUCCAUCGAUGCCGAUGUCAGCUACCUGAAGGAGGAACCUGAAUAUACGUACAACAAUGCCUCUGUGGUCUAUGCCACUUUCGAUGUCUACAGCAAUGGGAAGAUCAUUGGCGGACAGCUGAAUAUGACAGCUAACUAUGCCAUGGGCUGUGACCUCAGUGGGUGCGAGAGGAAGCGAUACCUGAGCACAUUGCACCUGCGUUCCAAGUAUCGCCACAGGGAACAGCUCACGGAUGUGGUACUCAGAGUGGCUACAGUGGUGACCCAACGUCCACUCUCCUGCCCGGAUGAUCAACUGAUCCUCUUUCUGAGUCAGGAGAACGACACACACAUCGACUCUUUAGCCCGUUUUGGAUUCCACUUGACGCUGAUCCUUAGGGAUCUGCUGCACUGCCAGAUGAAGUUCAUUUUCUCGGACAGCUGGAGCAAAUCGGAUGUGGUGGGUGGUGCCGUGGGCGCUGUGGUCGACCAAACGGCGGACAUCACAGCCACACCCUCGCUGGCAACGGAGGGGCGGCUCAAGUAUCUGUCGGCCAUCAUUGAGACGGGCUUCUUCCGCUCCGUGUGCAUCUUUCGCACUCCACACAACGCUGGCCUGCGCGGAGAUGUGUUCCUCCAGCCGUUCAGCCCACUCGUGUGGUAUCUGUUCGCUGGAGUUCUGUCCCUGAUUGGACUCUUGCUCUGGGUAACCUUCUACAUGGAGUGCAAGCGCAUGACCUGGGGCUGGCGGCCACUCGACUAUCUACCCUCGCUGCUGAGCACCUUUCUGAUCAGCUUUGGGGCCGCCUGCAUCCAGAGCUCAGCGCUGAUUCCACGCUCCAAUGGGGGGCGUUUGAUCUACUUUGCCCUCUUCCUGAUCAGCUUCAUCAUGUACAACUACUACACAUCUGUGGUGGUGUCCUCGCUGCUGAGUUCGCCGGUCAAGUCCAAGAUCAGAACAAUGCAGCAGCUGGCCGAGAGCCAACUGACAGUGGGCCUGGAGCCAUUACCCUUUACCAAGGCCUAUCUUAAUUACUCCAAACGUCCCGAUAUUCAGCUUUUUAUCAAGCGCAAGAUCGAGUCGCAAUCGCAGAGCCACGAUCUCUGGUUGCCCGCCGAAGAGGGAGUGCUUAGGGUCAGAGACAAUCCGGGCUACGUUUAUGUCUUUGAGACAUCCUCGGGGUAUGCCUAUGUGGAGCGCUUCUUUACGGCCCAGGAGAUCUGUGACCUCAACGAGAUAUUGUUUCGACCCGAACAAUUGUUCUACACGCAUCUGCAUCGCAACUCCACCUACAAGGAGCUGUUUCGCUUGAGACUUUUGCGUGUCCUGGAAACGGGUGUCUAUCGCAAGCAGCGCAGCUACUGGGUCCACAUGAAGCUGCAUUGCGUGGCCCAGAACUUUGUGAUUACCGUCGGCAUGGAGUACGUUGCCCCACUGCUACUCAUGCUGAUCUUUGGCUACAUCCUGGUCGUGUUUAUCCUCUUGCUGGAACUCGCUUGGCAUCGCUAUCUCACCCGGAACAAGCGACUCACCCUUUAA